AUGAGGGAAUCGCUCAACCAAAAGGAAGCAACCCUUCUCGUGGGGUACGUUCAGGAACUGGCGAUUGCCUCGGCCGCUCGGGAGCGGGCAACCAAACGGAUGGACUAUGCGUUUCAUGGCAUGAUUAACAUCGGGCGGCAGUUUCUAGUCUUAGACGCUAUAGUUUCUGCACUGCACGUCUUAGGGGUCCCACCGCUUUCCUGCUCGUGGUGGGAGGCAUUCGCCACAUGUUUCGACACAGACUAUCGGUAUGCCGAACCAGGACCCCGCGCCCAAGAGAGUGGCAAGGUAAAUGUUGAUCUCGCCAAUCGUAUGUUGGUCGCCAUGUCCAUCUACAAAACAGGAAACCGGCCAAACCCUGAGGAAAUUUUAGAUAUGAAGCGGACCCUCUUCUUCUCGCCUCAUAUGGCUUUUUUCUUCAAGAGGCGCAGGUGGGACAUAUGGAGAACAGAUCAUGUAAUGUUUGAAAAGGAGAAUCCAGCUUUUUUCUAA